AUGGAAGUGACAAUCGAGAAAUCAGGAAGUGAAGCCAGCAGAAAAAUCUGUAUUCCAGUCAACCCCAAACAGGAUCUGAGACAAAUAUUCAACUGGUAUGACGAACACAUCAGACAUGAAAACGACUCCCUGCUUUUUGUAAGCAUCGUCAAACCUCAGUUCACAAUGCCUGUUUUGGUUGGGACCGCAAUUAAAAUCCCACGUACCAAUGUGAAUCGGGGGAAAGAAUUAUGUCGUGAGGCGAUGCGGCUUGCAAAGAAACACGGAUUCAGGGCAAACUCGUACACCUACGUUGGCACGAAUCAACAGAAGACUCUGACACAAUGUUUAGGAGAGUUGAAACCAGACCUGGUUCUAGUCGAAAAGCAAAUGAAGAAUAUAGUUCUGCGAAAACUUACUGGGGAUUGUCAAGAUCUGAGACAAAUAUUCAACUGGUAUGACGAACACAUCAAAAAUGAAAACGAUUCCCUGCUUUUUGUAAGCAUCGUCAAACCUCAGUUCACGAUGCCUGUUCUGGUUGGGACCGCAAUUGAAAUCUCACGUACUAAUGUGAAACAAGCGAAAGAAUUAUGUCGUGAGGCGAUGCGGCUUGCAAAGAAACACGAGCUCAAGGCGAACUCGUACAUUUACAUUGGUAUGAAUCAAAAGAAGACGCUAACACAAUGCCUGCGAGAGUUGAAACCAGACCUGGUUCUAAUCGAAAAGCAAAUGAAGAAUAUAGUUCUGCGGAAACUUACUGGGGAUUGUCAAGAUCGCAAACGUUCCGUCAAAAAUUCAGUUAAGCCGACCGACUUCUGCGUGCACUACGACGCAGACCUUUUCGGAGUCGAACUGAAAUUUGUUGGCAACAGUCUCAAAAGCACGGCUCCAAAAUACACUUCUAUUGCUGAUGAAACGUUAGCAAACAAACUGUCCAGGCCGCCGAUCAAAACAAAGACCAAAAAAUAUGUGGUUAUAAAUUACAACCAGUAG